CGCCACAUUUACCUCGAAGCUAUCGGACCAGUUUGCAGUAAUGAAGCGUUAUUGGCGAUAAGAGUUCUUUAUUUCGUUACUCAACAUCGCUGAUAAAAGAGUAAAUAUAUCAUUUAAUUAAAGAUAAACAGUUCAUUAGGAUUGGUUUGUUGGUUCAAUUGACCAUCGUCGAGUGCAUUCGGAACAAAUUCGAUCCCGGGAAUUGUGACGCAAAAGGAAAUGACCGCAAUUACAUUUUGGAUGCUUAAAGCAUUCGGGCUUCUAAUCGUCUUAUCGGCGGUCAGCUGCAUUUUCGAAGUGCCCACACUGAACGACAAAAUGAAGUGCAGCUAUGGGGAACGGGGCUCUUUGACUGCAACCUGUGUAAAUGCCACUCCCGCUUACUUCAAGCUCACCCUGUACAAAUUCGACCACCUGGACGAGACACUCAAAUGCCUCAAUUGCACUCUGAAAAUUAUCGAAUCCAAUACGUUCGAUCUUUCCGGAAAUAUGAUUCGAGUGCUGGAUAUCUCCAAUAGCGGCGUCGAAAUGCUCAAGCCCAAAGCGUUCAUGGGGCUCGUGUUCCUGCAGCACUUGCAACUGAAUAACAAUCAGAUUCGAUCCAUUUUUCCUGGUACGUUCAUUGGGACGAAGAAAAUCGAGCAGCUCAAUUUGGAAAACAACGAGAUUUCCAUUCUGGUCGAGGGAGGAUUCGCGGAAUUGCUCCAGCUGUCGGUGCUGAAUUUGCGCAGCAAUAACAUCAAAAUAAUCGACCCGCGCGCCUUCAGCGGCCUCCAAAAGCUCGUGCUGCUGGAUCUCGGCUUUAAUCAGAUCACCGAUCUUCACCAGAGUCUGGUCAACUUGACCGCUCUGGAGGUGCUCAAAAUGGAGCACAAUCUCAUCCACCAGUUGUCUGGCAGCGAGUUCUCCUCCCUGGCCAAUCUCUACCAGCUGAACCUUUCAGCAAACUUGCUGGUUGAUAACUUCACCAUCCAUAUGCAGCCAGGGAACCAGCUGAAAAGCCUUUCGCUCUCCCAUAACCAGAUUGAGGAGCUGAAGUUCGGAAUGGCGCACUUGGACACCUUGGAGGAGCUGCAGUUGAGCUUCAACAACAUCAGCGACAUCGGCAACAACAUGUUUGAGGGCAUGUUCAGCCUCCGGCAGCUGGAGUUGCCGUACAACAAUCUGUCGCAGUUCAAGACUGGCUGGUUUUCCGGCCUGCCCCAGCUCACCUCUUUGAACUUCUCCCACAACCAUAUAGAGGAAAUUGUGAUCAGCAGCGUGUUCCCGCUGAGAAACCUGCAUUUCCUGGAUCUUUCCAACAACGCCCUUGGCACCUUCGACUACAGCGCCCUUAUUUCCCGUUUGCCUGGAUUGACCUACUUGAGACUGGAAUCCAAUAAGUUGCCGUGCUCUUUGGAGGACGAAAUGGAAACGGAAUUCGAGAACGACAACUUCAAGUUCGUGCUGGAGGAUGACGCCUCCACGAGGCAGGUUUGCGCGCUGCCUCCAGCCUCCAAACCAGCCUCAACCUUACACGACACCUGCAUGGUAGACAAGUCAGGCUCAGUUAGCAGCCUGGACAUCAUCAUUUUCGUGGUGUUCUCUUUGGUGAUGGCCGCGAUAGCGGUUCUGUUCUAUUUGCAGUUUCUGAUCUACAAGGGGGUGCAGCUGACGCGCCCCAAACGGGUCGCCUCCACUGUCCAGUUGAUCGCUUCUGAGGACGAUCAUAGGGAGGACGAGUUUGUUAACGACCGGGUCUAGCAUCCGAGGAUCUUCAGCUUUAGGUUACUACAGUGUUAUGUGAAUAUCCACCUUUUUUGUAAAAUAACAGGAUUUAAAA